AUGUUUCCGAUCAACGACGACGCCAAGGACCACCGGUAUCCACCUCCUCGUUCGACUGCCGCCGUCUUUCCGGAGUCCUCUCAACCGCCGCCGCCGCCGACGACGAAGUCGGAAGCCGCUGCCGUCGUCACUUGGUUCUCCCUCCAUGGCUCUCGGCGACAGAUCUUCUCUCCUCUCCGGUCCGUUCUCAUGUUGCAUCCCAAGCCACCGGUCGCCGCUGCUUCGCCAUCCUCGUGCUCUUCUCCAGCCGCCUCGCUGCUAGACUCGAUGUCGCGGAUAACCGCGGCUGUCGCCGCCUUUCGCGCCGCUGCCACCGCCGGACGUUAUGUUGCUAUGGCCGCCAUCGCCGAGAGCCACCAGGUGGGUGGCUAA